AUGGCAACCGCAGACAGUACAGAGCCAUCAGCCUGUCCUCAAGUUCGAGAUGCCUGCGAAGAAUGUCACAGCCGGAAGAUCAAAUGCCACACGACGAAAGCUGGUGCGUGUCGAGCGUGCCAGAACAACGGUCGCUUAUGCUUCUUCCUCCCCCGCAACAAAAGUGGCCGGCCGAAAGUGGGCGAGGAUGGGAACAAGGAGGACCGUCGGUCCAAUGCAGCAGCACUGGGAUCAACGGCAGCCGCCGCCGCAGCCGCUAUGGCCGAGCACGCCGCCAUGGUCGAGUCAGGCAAUGCCAUGUCAUCACAACAACAGCAACAACAGCAGCUGGCGAGGACAAGGACGCAUUCCACUCCGUCACCCAAAAGCUCACCGCGAUCGAACACUCAACAAUCCAACAAUAAUCACACCGCCAACAAUAUCGACACCAACACGAUGCGGCCUCACAUACCCACUCGGUCCAUGAGUGACACCAACCUCGAAAUGGGCUUUCCCUGCUUUGAAAAUAUGGACUGGCCAAACAAGCUCCACCCAGUGUCAACGAACGAAUUCAUGGAUAUGGACAUGGACCUGGACCUGACCUCUUUCCAGUAUCAAGACUUUCCCGCUGAAUGCUACUUCGAAUUCCAGAGACCGGACAACAUCCCCAUGGCGCCCAGUCAGCACUCCCAUAGUGCUAGUUAUCCCAGUCUGGGAAGCCUGCCCAGCAUCCCCAGCACCGAGUUCAACUUCAACAGGGCACCCGCGUCCGCAUCCGGGUCCUUCUUCUCCACACCAAUCUCAACCAUGCCCGCGUCCUCCAUGCUAGCCCUCGGCGAGCAAAAGGGACCCGAAGGAUGCUUCUCCACUCUCCUCGGCCACAUCAAUCGCCUUCAACGGUGUCUUGAGAAAGUCCGAAGUGGCAAGUUGUUCUCCCACCCACACACUCGACAUCAUCAACUCACCAUCGUCAUCUCAACCAUCGACUCCAGCUGCAUGGCCACCUGCAGCACACUCAAGGACCAAUUUCAGGUCGUUCUCAGUCAACGUUCCGAGGCAAAGAUGAACGGAACGAACAUGGACUUCAGAGCCCCCAGCGCCGUCAUUCGGCCCGACCAGUCUCUCAUCGCCCUUGCCAUCACCGCAAUCCUCACCGUCGCCCGUCUUUGCCAAGCGCUGAUGCGGAGCGAGUUGCCGGACGCACAGUCCAGUCUAGACAACAUGCUCCUCCUCAAUCGGUUGGGAUGCAACAUUCUGCAAACUCGCAUUGCCUUGGUCAACAUCGAGAAGCUUGACCGCGGUCUGAAGUAUUUGACGGAGGAUGCUACGAGGGAGAUCAGCAUUGUUCACACCGAGUUCGAAAAUAUGAAGAAGAAUGCUGGGAACAACAAUCCGAGUUACUGA